AUGAGGGGGAGGGAUGCAUCCAUAGCAUCAUCAACACAUGGUCCCAACCUGGAAGAAGCUCAUUUGAUCACCGCCACCGCCACCUCCAGUACCAGGGUAUUUAGCAUUCAUCCAUCCAAUUGGAGUGUGCUAGCUGCAAAGAAAAACGAAAAAGUUAGAGGAAGGAGGUUGAUUGAAAGCAACCAGAGAUAUACAUUAAGGGGGCCACUGUCAGCUGAAAGGGCUCUGUAUAUAUUCUGUGGAUUAAUCUACUUGUGGUGGCAAAGGGAAAAAAUUCUAGAGAAAGCGAAAACAGAGCUUAGAAGAGCACUUUCAGUGGAGGCCGCUGAAAAGGUGAAGAAAGGUGCCAGAGGAAGGAAGGGCGGUGGUCCCAAGAAGAAACCCGUAUCCUGCCCUGUUAAGGCAGGUCUUCAAUUCCCGGUUGGUUGUAUCGGCAGAUACCUCAAGAAAGGUUGUUAUUCUCAACGCGUUGGAACCGGUGCCUCAGUCUACCUCGCUACCAUGCUGGAGUACCUAGCUACUGAGGUUUUGGAGUUGGCUGGAAAUGCAGCAUGGGAUAACCAGAAGCAUACAAUAAUCUCGAGGCAUGUUUUGUUGGUUGUGAGAAAUGAUGAAGAACUUGGGAAGCUUCUAGCUGGUGUCACAAUUGCUCGUGGUGGUGUCCUUCCAAAUAUCAACCAUGUUCUUCUGCCAAAGAAGACUGACAAGGCAGCAAAGGAAUCCAAGUCGCCAUCCAAGGCCACCAAGUCUCCUAGAAAGGCUUAGUUUAUCAAUUGUGUUAGAGAAAGACUUGUCUUCUUCUUAUCUCUCUCAUAAAACGCCACCAGUGCUAACUUCAGUUUGUCAUGGGGACAACAUUUAACGAGGAUGCUAUUAGAAGUCUCCAUUUCCACUUUUCAUCAUUACUCAGAUUUUUUUUUAUCCAUAAAAGUUAGCCAUGAUAUGAAAAACCAUUUUUUAUUCAA